AGAGAAAACGCGCCAAAUAGUGUCAUAAAUUGCAGAAGACAUUUCUGAUACAAAUUAUAUUAUAAGAUGGAGUGUUUGUCUGAGGAAAAUGUUAUGAAGCGUCAGAAGGCUCCAGAUUGGACCGAGCCAGCAGAAAUUGUGUUGAAUGCGCUGGUUCGGGACCACUGGAACCUUCUAUUCGGCGAUUAUAAGGGGAUAGGAGCGGAAAAAAUUUCGGUACUCAGAAGAAAGAAAUGGGACGAGAUUGGGAGCAGGUUGUCAUUAGAAUUCGGAGUCGCAAGAACUGGCGAACAGUGCCGGAAGAAAUUCCAAAAUUCAAAAGCUCGGUACAUAAAAAAGGUCGGAGAAAUGAGGCACCCAACAACAGGCGGUGGCGAUGCAGUUCAAUUAACAUCGUCGGAGGAGGUGCUUGCCUCCACGAUGCAAGGCCACCCUGUUGUUCAGGGCCUAACAGGGGGUGUAGACUCAGACGUUGUUGCAUCACAGACAAGGAUUUGGGCACUGGCAACCGGGAGCAAUCCGGAACAGAAAGAACAAAUGACCGUGGACACACAACUGGAGAACAAAAACGAUUGUAAGUUAUAACAUUUUCUUUUUAAU